CUCUACUUAGUAUGGCUUUCACUCGUAUCUAUGUUUUCCAGCAAAUUGUUAUCAAGCAAGAUUGCCAAUCAACACUUAAAUGUCCUCCUCUUGGCAUUGUUUGGCAUUUAUACCUAUCGCGACCUAUGGACACUCUUGACAUUCAAUAGAAAACCCCUAGAUGAAGCCGAGGGCAAUGUUUUAUGGCUGAAAAUCGCCAGCUUGGCGGUGGCUGCGAUCGUAAUACCUGUCACAACGCCUCGACGAGCGUACCCUCCAACUAUCGACGACCUAACAUCGGAAGUCAAUCCCGAAGAGACAGCCUCUAUUAUAUCUCUCCUCACCCACAGUUAUAUGGACUCUUUUAUUUUCCGCUUGUAUCGAAAAUCUACACCUCUUACCCAAGAUGAAUUGCCUCCACUGGCCAAAAAUGAUCGUAGCGAUGUCCUGAUGCCUGACAUAUUGACAAUACUUGAUCCCACUUCCAAGAAACCACAGUAUCUGUUUUGGGGACUGCUGAGAGCUUACAAACGUGUCUAUAAGCUGAUAGGACUUCAGCUCUUGCAAAUUUCCUUAUCUUUUGUUGCUCCAAUCGGUAUCAAGCAGGUUCUCAGUUAUCUUGAACACGGCGGAGAUGGCGCAAUAAUUCGACCAUGGGUUUGGGUCUCGUGGCUCUUUUUUGGACCCUUCUUGAAGGCAAUUUUUUCCCAGUUAUAUACCUACAUCGCUUGUCGUAACAGGUUACAAAUUGAAGGGAUCAUGAACCAGCUUCUCCUCCGACACUCCCUAAGGAUCCGCAUAGCUUCGGGUAGCCUGCCUGACGAUGAAGAGAAAUCGAAAAAUUUCAUGGGAAAACUGAACAACCUUGCUGCAUCGGACGUCGCCGAAGUUGCAGGGUUCGCAGAAUUUUGGAUAGUUUUUUUGUGCUUUCCGGCGGAACUUGCGUUGUUUCUGUGGUUCUUGUAUGAAAUCCUUCAAUGGAGUGCUUUCGUUGGAUUUGGUUUCAUGCUGCUAUGUGUUCCAUUGCCCGGUUAUAUUUCCCAACUCAUGCGCGGAACACAAUUCACCAAAAAACAAAAGACAGACGCUCGGGUUCAAAGCGUAACAGAGGCUUUGAGUAUUCUGCGCAUGGCGAAGCUCUUUGGCUGGGAGGCACGAUUACAAUCGCUUAUUGACACGAAACGACGCGACGAGCUUACUUUCAUGAGGAAAAGUAAUUUAUACGGUUUACUGAAUUCCCAUAUCAAUCUACUGAUACCUAUGUGCACAAUGAUGAUCACCUACGCUUUCUAUGCGCAAAAACCCAAUUCAUCUCCCUUUGUAGCAUCUGUGGUAUUCUCUUCAAUGGCUAUUUUCGAAAUGCUUCGUGCCAGAAUGCAAAAUAUGGCCAACAAUAUCCCUACCCUUAUAUCAGCCAAACUGGCUUUAGACAGACUCGAUGAUUUCCUCCGAAAGACAGAAUUGUCAGAUACAUUCUGUCAACACCAAAUCACAGCGCCCUCCGAUCCAUGUAUGAUUGGUUUUCGAAAUUCGGUAUUCAAGUGGUCGGGACCGAAUAAUCAUAUUUUCGAGUUGAGAAUUGAAGGAGAUAUUACGUUUCAUCCUAACUCUAUUAACCUGAUUGUGGGGCCUACUGGUUCAGGAAAAACUUCCCUUCUCUUGGCGUUAUUAGGCGAAAUGCAUUUCGUACCGACUGGGCCUGACUCCCAUUAUAAUCUACCUCGUGAAGGCGGUAUCUCCUACGCUGCUCAGGAGUCGUGGAUACAGAACGAUACGAUCAGAAACAAUAUUCUUUUUGGAUCUAGGUUUGACGAGGAGCGUUAUAACAUUCUUGACCAGUGCGGCCUUGAGAGAGAUCUGAGCCUCUUCGAGGCUGGCGAUAUGACAGAAGUUGGCGAGAAGGGCCUCACCUUGAGCGGCGGUCAAAAGGCUCGUGUAACGUUAGCUCGCGCAGUGUACUCAUCUGCAAAGACUGUUCUUCUGGAUGAUCCUCUCUCAGCGCUAGAUGUUCAUACAGCGAAAUGGAUCGUCGAGAAAUGUUUAAAAGGGAAACUGAUGCAAGGGCGGACCGUUCUUAUUGUUACACAUAACACUGCAUUGCUCAGUCCACUUGCUCAACAUGUGGUAGGCAUUGCAUUAAAUGGAAAGAUUAUUCAAGGAACAGUCGCCGACGUUAUCAUGAAUAACACCAUCUUAGCAGCCAAGCUGAUUGAAAGCGAGACAGGGAGUUUGAAAACGUAUUCAAAAUCUUUCGGAGAAGAACAGCCAAUGCAGAAGGAGCUCCAUAAUUCCCAGGGAGCUCUCGUAUUAGCUGAGGAAAUGGAAAUCGGGCAUGUGAGUUGGGAAGCCUUCAAACUGUAUCUGAACGGCCUUAAUAAACGUCCUAUCGUGUUCUUCUGCGGUCUGGUCACCAUGAUGCUUUUGAAUGCGUUGAACUACUCACUGCAGUCUUGGUUUCUCGGUUAUUGGUCCAGCCAGUACGAUUCACAGCCCGCUUCCAGUGUAUCCGUUUCAUGGUUUUUAUCGGUUUAUGCCGGUUUACUGCUCUCCUCGAUGUCAAUAUAUUCCUUUGCAUUCACUCUGUGGACCUUUGGAUCAAUAAGAGCCAGUCAAAUCAUACAUCGAAGCUUUAUCAAUUCCAUUAUGACCUCUACAUUUAGAUGGCUAGACACCACGCCCACAUCGAGGAUUAUAAUCAGGGCAACGGCUGACAUCCGUAGCAUCGACGAUUCCCUGGCAUUCGGAAUUUGGCGACUUAUCGAAGCAUCAGUGACAAUGUUCGUCAAUUUGGGCUCAAUAAUGAUAUUCGCGCCUUUGUUCCUACUUCCCGGUGUAACGAUUGCAAUGCUAGCUGUUUCCUUUGGCCAGAUGUAUUUGUCUGCCCAGCUUCCGUUGCGGAGGCUGAUGUCGAUCAACAAAGCUCCCAUUUUAGGAAACUUCGCAGCGGCUGUAGCCGGUCUAGUAUCAAUUAGAGCCUUCGGAGCGGAAGAUAUGUUUCUCAAAGAAUCCCGAAUGCGAAUCGACGCAUGGCUCCGUCCUGGACUGCCGUCUUUCAAUGUCAACCGGUGGAUUGGUAUUCGAGUGGACGCUUUAGCUGGUAUCUUCACAGCCGCACUUGGUGCAUACUUGGUUUACGGUGAUAAUGGAACUAGUGCUGCGAAUACAGGAUUCUCGAUGACCAUGGCAGUCGGGUUUACUUCGUUGACAUUGAUUUGGAUUCGUAUAUACAAUGCAACCGAACUGGAGGCUAAUAGGCAACGCGUGCGACACUACCUUGUCAUCGAGCACGAAGACGAGGCUCACUCCGAAUGCGUUGUGCCGCCAGCGUAUUGGCCUGCCAGCGGAGCUCUCCAGGUUAAAGGCCUUUGUGCGAGAUAUUCGAAAGAUGGGCCGGAAGUACUCCAUGAUUUGACAUUCUUUGUUCGAUCUGGUGAACACAUUGGUAUAGUUGGACGAACGGGAUCAGGAAAGAGUUCCUUGACCUUAGCCCUUCUCCGAGCCAUCCCCACGUCUGGGCAAGUAUUGUACGACGGAAUAUCGACUGAGAAACUCAAUCUGGAUGUGUUACGGUCUAAUAUCACAAUCUCACCUCAAGUCCCCGAGCUGCUGAGUGGCACCCUUCGGUCAAAUCUAGACCCGUUUUCGGAGCACGAUGAUUCCCGGUUGAACGACGCGCUUCGUUCAGCGGGUUUGUUCGCUCUUCAAAGUCAAGGCAAUCAACUUCACACACAGGAUACUAAACUCGGUCUCGAUAGUGAGAUUAGAGGUGGAGGAAGUAGCAAUCUGUCUGUUGGCCAGCGGCAGAUAAUUGCUCUUGCAAGAGCCAUUGUUAGAGAAAACAAGCUCAUUAUAUUCGAUGAGGCAGAUCAUGAAACGGACUCUAAGAUUCAAGAUACCCUCAGACACGAACUGGGCGACGAUGUUACGCUGAUUACUGUAGCGCAUAGGCUUGGUACUGUGAUGGAUUAUGAUAGAAUAAUGGUGCUCGAUGAAGGCAGAAUCAUCGAAUUCGACUCUCCGAAAAGGUUGCUAGAGAAGGAAGGAGGUGUGUUCCGUGGACUCGUGGACGAAAGUGCGGAUAGAGCAAAACUCUAUGCUAUGGUAAACUAG